UUAAUUUUCUACUUAUUCUAACUCACCAAUAUUGCACCAAUGCUCAAUUAGACAGGAUGAGAAGUUGCAAGUUCCGUAGUUCUUCCUUAGUGUUUGAAGAUGAUUCUAAUUUAACCAAUUUUCUUCCGGGACGAGAAACUCAAUUAAAUUAUUUAACGAAAUUUCUUGAAAACUUCCUUAAAUAUAAGAAUACUGGUGAGCUACUAUUUGUGAGUGGCGUACCCGGUACUGGUAAAACGGCAACCGUGUCUCGUGCUCUUGUAGAUUUAAAACACAUACCAUUUCAACUCGUUUUUGUUAAUGGGAUGGAAAUCACGCGUCCUAUUACCAUUUAUCAAGAAAUUUAUCGUCAGUUAUUCAGAUCUAAACAAAGGUGUCCUAAUUCUUCUCAAUGUUUAUCACUUUUGGAUCAGUUUUUCCGUUCAUCAUCAGAAAAAACUUUUACGGAAGAACCUAAUAAGGAAUCACACAGCAGAAUCUUAGUUAUUGAUGAAAUUGACCAUCUUUUUACCCGUGACCAAAAAGUCAUUUAUACGUUACUCGAGUGGCCAAACAUUCCAACUGCUUCCUUAUGUUUAAUAGCCAUUUCGAAUAUAAUGAAUCUUCCUGAUUUAUUUCAAACUCGUUGUUCUUCGCGUUUAGGUUCUAACCGACUUGAUUUCAACGCGUACACUGCCCAGGAAAUAUUCACCAUACUUCAGUAUCGUUUAAGUAAUUUAUAUCCUGACGGGAAAUUCUCCAGGGUGGCAUUGGAGUUCUGUGCGAAAAAAGUUUCAGGAUAUUCGGGAGAUAUAAGACGAGCUUUCUACAUUUGUCAAAAAGCGAAACAAAUACAAGAAGAACAAGACGCAUGUAAUGAAGUAACGAUGAAGCAUAUUAAAGUGGCUGAAGAUUAUUUGUACCAACAACCAGAAUUUGAGUUUUUACUUUCUUUACCACUCUUACCGAAAUUGCUUUUAACAACACUUGUUCUUAUGAUAAAAGAAAAAGAAAAAUCAGGUGAACCUUUCUGUUCCAUCACCCUAACUAAACUUGCUGCACGAUUCAAUACUCUUGCUACUUCCUGUUCGUUAGGACAUCUUUUUAGUUGUCUGAGACCUGCGUCAUCAGCUAGUUUGACGCUUGUGAAGAAGCUUCUUGAAACACUACAGGAGCAAAACAUUGUCUUGUUUCAUCAAAGUGAGAACCCUAAAUCGAAGAAACCUAAACUUUCAAAUUCCGGUUAUACAAAAAAAGGUUCCAAUAAACAGCAACAAUUAAAUGUAACCAAGGAAACGGAUCGUGUACCUGAAUGUCCAAAUGAAAAUCUUUGUACUCGCCUGUGUGUUGAGCUUGAUGUUGUAGUUUCUGCCUUAUCACGCACCCCGAUUUGCUUUCAAAAACUUCAGUUGUCCAUAUAAGCAGAAAAGAAUUCAGUUGAUCCCCAAUAACCUUUUUUCAUUAUGACAACAAACGGAUAACAACUAUAAUGCAAUCUUUAUUUAUUAUUCAAAUUCUAUUCAAUCAUUCCAAAAAAAAUCUUUUAAUUAAACUAGUGUUUUUUUUUUUAUUAUUCCGG